AGGGCUUUAUACAAUUAUUUUGAUUGAAUGUGUCCUGGCACUUAUCAAUGGCUGUAUUAAAUGUACAUGCCGCCAAGAUAAACAUUUACAAGAGAAAGAUCACUUCACACUCAGGAUCAAUGCAGCUUUCAGUUUAAUAGUACAAGGUGAGACAUUUCCAUUUUUGUUUUUCUAUAAUGGGGACCACAUAAUUAUUUUUCAGGAUAAAUGUCUGUUUAAAAAAAAACUUUGUAGUUCAAGGGAUUGUUGGCAUCUUUCAAAGGCAACCAUUGGUCUGAUUGGAUUCUUAGUUUCAUUAGUCUCAUUUUUGUAAAUGUUUUUUUAAUAUAUGUCCCAUGGUUUCACAAAUGUGACUCUUAAUUCUCAAAGUGCUCAUCGCUGAGCUUUUGUUUUUCCAAUCCACUACCCAACUGGGGGAACCUACAGAAUGUAUGCUGAAAUUAUGAAAAGCAUUACAAUUUUAGGGGAUACCAGUGAACUCAGCUCUGUGAUUUGGAAGUCGUAUAACCUGAGCUAACAAGUGUAGUGAAUAAACUGUCGUGAAUAUUUUUCUGAACGGAAUUACCCACUCCAGUCAACAGGUGGCGAUGAGUCUCAGAUUGUUUUUUGCAUGACAAUGUUGUUUCAACAACAGAGGUAGCUGGCUAGCCAUCGUCAAACCGAAAUAUUGAACUUGAAACCAUUUUAUUCGCAAUAAAACAUUUAAUUAAAUACGUACAAUGUUAGUUACCUGGUUACAAUGGCAUAGCUAAUUAUUAUUAGUAAGCUAACAUCUCAGAUUAUGAGCUCGCUAGAAUACGGCGCCAGUGCUGAAAAAGAGGAGGCCUUGACCGCGAAAGAAGCCUUCGUGAAAAAGGAGAACGAAGAGGGAGUUGUCACUGUUAAAAAAGAAGUUGACUGUGAUUCUGUUAGAGUGAAAGAAGGGCAGGACACUUUCAGUGUAACAGAGGGGGAGGAUGUUCCUUUUAUAGAAGAGGAUGCCGUCUUUGGAGUGAAGGAAGAGGAUGAGGAGAUCACUGUCACUUUGAAGGAAGAAGAGGAGCAGACUGGUGAUCCGACAAACCACAUGAAAGAAGAGGACAUUUAUGUCACAGUUAGAGAAGAUGUAUUUGGAGUGAAGGAGGAAGGAGAGAUUACUGUCACAUUGGAAGACGAUGACCAGGAGGACAUUGAACAAAUCUCAAAUCCAGGCUCAGACAGUGGUCCCAGUUCCACAGCAUCAACAAACUGCAAACAAGGCAGACAGAAGCCCUGCUGUAGUGAAAACGUUACUUGUCCAACUCACCUAAAAUCAAACAAACUGACACUCAAAAAAGAGAAGCUUUUCCCCUGCUCCCAAUGUUGGAAGAGCUUCAGUAGAGCAGGAGAACUGAGGAGUCAUCAGAGAUCACACAGUGGAGAGAAGCCUUACAACUGCUCUCAGUGUGGCGAGGGAUUCACUCAGUUAGGAAGUCUGAACAUUCAUCAGAGAAUACAUACAGGCGAGAAGCCUUACAAAUGCAAUCAAUGUGAAAAGAGGUUUAAUCGUUCAGGAAGUCUAAGACAACAUCAAAGAGUGCAUACAGGAGAGAAGCCUUACAAAUGCUCUGAGUGUGGAAAGAGCUUCAAUCAUUCAGGAAGACUUAGAGAACAUCAAAGAGUGCAUACAGGGGAGAAGCCUCACCAUUGUACCCAAUGUGGAAAGAGUUUCAGUAGGACAGGAAUUCUUAAGAUUCAUAAAAGAACUCACACUGGAGAGAAACCUUUCCACUGCUCCGUGUGCACAAAGAGUUUUACAAGAGAAGGCGCUCUAAAGAUUCACGAAAGAGUCCACACUGGAGAGAAACCCUUCUGCUGCUCCAAAUGUGGCAAGUGUUUUAGUGGAAAAUUAAACCUUAAUAGACAUGAGAGAGUCCAUAGUGGGGAGAAGCCUUACCUCUGCACCCAGUGUGGAAAGUGCUUGAGUAAUUUAAUUAGCCUUAAGGAACACCAGCGGAUUCAUACAGGGGAGAAACCAUACCACUGCUCUCAGUGUGGGAAGAAUUUCCGUUUUGCAGGAGACCUGCAGAAACAUCAGAGAUCGCAUAGCAAAGAAAAGCCUUACCACUGCUCUGUAUGUCAGAAAAGUUUCUCUCAGCAACGAAACUUAAAAACUCAUUUGCAGAUACACAUUGGACAGAAACCUGCUAGUAUUUUCAAUGUUAUUGUUAAAGACGAGAAUGAGAGUGACAUCAAUGAGGGAGAGAGAAAAGUUGAGAAAGAGGGCAAUAGUAGUGUAGUUGAUCUAAGUACACUGCCUUGCCGUAAGAGUUACCCCUGCCCUCAAUGUGGGAAGAAUUAUAGUUCCUCAAGUAAUUUAAAGACUCAUCAAAGAGUACACACUGGAGAAAAGCCUUUCCACUGCUCUGUAUGUGGGAAAUGUUUCAGUAAGAAGGCAUCUCUUAAGAGACACCAGAAAGUACAUGAGAAGCAAACAAAUGAAGAAAAACCUUUCCACUGCUCUGUAUGUGGAAGGAGUUUCACUGAGAAAGCAUCACUUAAGCGACACGAGAGACUACAUAGUGAAGAAAAGCCUUACCACUGUUCCCAAUGUGAAAAGUCUUUUCAUGUAGAAGAUGCCCUACAGAGACAUGAGAGAAUACAUACCAGAGUGAAACCUACCUUUACUUUGAAUGUGGUAGUUAAGGAGGAGGAGGAAGAUGAGAGAGAAAUUAAACAAGAAAAAGAGGAAGAAUAUGAGAUUGACGCGAAGGAAGAGAGAACUUAAGUGGAAAUACCUCCUAUCCCUUGGUUGUUUCAGUUUAUUUCUGACAGGGCAGCACCAAUAAGGAUUUCCACUUGAAACUAGACAUACAGUAUUUUAUUAUACGGCUGUUGUGAAAGUCUGUCAAUAUGUAUGAAUUCCUACCUAUUAUGAUGGACAGAGGCUCAACAGGUUCAACUGUCAAGGGUCUGGAUGGGAUUUUAAUUUCCUGUUACCUGUUUUCAAACUUGUUGUGAGUCUUGGCCCAUGUUGUGAAUUUACGACCAAAUUUAUAACUCUAGUAUUUAAUUAAUUGACACCUGCUAGCCUGGAUUUUAUAAUUUCCACCCAUUUGAAUUUGAAAUGGUAACAGUCUGCUAUAGAAGAUGGUGGAUAUUUACUGAAAUUGUUAAAAGGAUCCAAUCGGAUCUUAAAGUGUUGAACCCUAUUGCAUCUUUUAUAGGCAACCUGCAUUUGGACUGGAUCGUGGCCUAAGUUAAGCCAUGGCAUGUACUGCUACUGCUACUACUAAUACUACCAUCACCUACAUACCAUAUGUGUGCAACCAUAAGAAGAUUAACUCUAAUCUGAUCAUUUAGCUAAACAUUGUAUCAGUAAAUAGAAAACAAUUAUUUUCUACAUUAAUCAAUUUAGAUAAUUUAGCUCACAGAGUAGCUCACCUUGGUGUUUUUUGUAGAUUAUGGCACGUAUUUGAAUCCCAAGUCCCUGUUUAGAAAUGUAGAGUUGUAUAAGUAUGCUGAUAAUAUUAAAAACACACUACUAUGGCCUAAUUGGGAUACUGCACAUGUAAACCUUAAUACGGGUUUACUUUAAUAUCUUUUUUUAUAUCCUUAUUUAGACAGAAUUUGAUUUGGAUACUUUGGUGAAUUGUUUUUUAAAUUUAGCAUUUUUCUGCCUCAGCGGCUCACUGAACCAGUUAGUAAAUGCAGUUAGGGUAACAUUAUUUACUUGACAGGACUAUGAAUGUCUUAAACAUACUUUUUUAUACUAAUGCAUUUAUGUAAUGGUUAAUGUAGUCUGAUCACAUGUCCUUACUACUUUGACAGCACACCUCUGAAACAAUGGUCAAACAUGGUGAUUUGUAUCAUGCUAAAAAACUUAUAAAUCAACUCUAGCAUUAGUAGGAGCUAGGAAAGUCAAUGACGCAGCAGUGUCACGUUGGCACAUAGCCAUUGAUACAGAUGAAAAUAACCUUAAUAAACCUUGACAAACAAGUGUAGGUUUUAAAGGUUCUUCUUGUGGCCAGAAUUGACAUAUUUUAUAGAAUGAUCGUUAGAUUUCAAAUUAGAUAUUUGAGGGGUUAAUAAAGAAUACCUGAGUGUAUUACCUCCUGGUCACAUUAGCAUCUCUCAGUUGGACCUGCUGCAAUGUAGCAUUCGAUCAUGUGAGAGUAAAUUGACAAUUUAAUAUACUGGUACACUUUUGAAGCCCGAUAACAUUUAAAAGGGAUGGUCGUCCAAAAACACUUCAGCGCGCCUUUUAUUUGAACACUACAACACCGGCCUGGUUGCCGACCAGUAUCCAGAAGGGUUUAUGUGCAUUGCUCAAGUAUUUAGGUUCCUGUAUUAUAAUUUUUUUAUGCUUCAUAAAUAAAAUGACUUACCAUUUAUUUCAAA